ACAACAUUGCGCAAUUUUGCACAAUUUACGAUUUAUUAUAUAACCGAGUGGUUUUGCUUAACCAGCCACAUUACGUUGCGGUUCGUGUUGUUAAUCAAUCAAGUAAAAGUGAAAAUGGAUUUCCCUCACAUGAAAACAAGAGGAGAACAUGGAAAACACCAUCACAUGGGUGGAAAAUUUGGAUACCAUCGUGGAAAGCAUCAACAGGGCUGUGAAGAAGAUAUAGAUUUCGGUGGAAUGUUUGGAAAACACAUAGGUAAACAUCAUGGACCGCAUAUGGGUAAACCACAUCACGGAAAACACAUGCGAUUCGGAGGGGAUUUAGAAUGUGGUCCACACAUGGGAGGAAGACACAUGGGUAAACACCAUGGAAAACACCUACGACACAUUCUGGGAUUUGGAAAAGAUAUUGAAUUUAAUAAAGAUCCCAAUACUUUCAAAUUAUUCAUUGCUGUUCAAGAUUUUCAACCGGAAGGAAUCACAGUUACUGUCAAUGAAAACACGAUAACUGUUGAGGGAAAACACGACGAAAAGGAAGUAUCAAAUGGAACUAUAGCAAGGAGUUUUACUAGGAAGAUAGUUUUGCCAGACGAGUACGAUGUUUCCAAACUUGCUUCAAAAUAUUUGCCAAAUGGAUUUUUAAGUAUUACAGCUCCCAGAAUUGGUUCUGAAAUCAUAACUGAAGCAAGAGAUAUACCAGUAAUUAGAUCUGAAAAUGUUACUGAUAUGUUACAAAGCAGAUUGUCACUAUAAUUAUUUGUAUUUAUAAAUAAGAGAUAUGUUAUUGUACUUGACAUUGCACUAUGCUUAUCUGUAGGCCAGGGACGGAUUAGUUUUCUUGCAUCUUUAUAUUACGUUAAUUAAUAUUUAUAUUUAAAUUAAAUAGAUAUUUUUAUACUUAGGGCCGUGAUAGCAAUCACGAGAUUAGUACCUGUAAUUGUAAACAUAUAUUAUCAAACAUGUAAUAUGGGCGCAAAGGCUAUACAAAUCUAUACUAAAAACAAAAUAAAAAUA